GGAGUUUGGAGCGCUAGUUGUAACAUGUGUGCUACACGGUCUGCUGCUCGUGAAUCUGAUUCAGAUUCGAGGGAUUUCAGAAUUUUCAGUGUCAAGAGACUUUCAUACUUUAAGAUACCACCUGAAUUUAGAGAGGGUAGAUGUCGUAGUGUUGCUGAAUUUGAAAAGCUAAACCGCAUCGGUGAAGGGACAUAUGGUAUUGUCUACCGUGCUCGUGAUACUGUAUCAAAAGAGGUGGUGGCUCUGAAGAAAGUUCGAAUGGAAAAUGUUCGAGAUGGUAUCCCUAUUAGCAGUUUACGCGAAAUCACUUUGUUGCUAAGUAUAAAGCACCCAAAUGUUGUUCACUUGAGAGAAGUCGUCGUUGGGAGGAGCUUGGAUAGGUAUGUUCUAGUGGUAUCGAUCAUUUUCAGCAUCUUCCUUGUUAUGGAGUAUUGUGAACAGGAUAUGGCAAGUUUACUUGAUAACAUGCCUAAUCCUUUCACCGAGUCUCAAGUAACAUGUGGUUAAAUUCCUAAUUUGCACUGUAGGUUAAAUGUAUCAUGCUUCAGAU